CAUGUACCAACUGCAGUUCAUACCCAAUACGCGUGCGAAAGGUAGGGAUUACGGACUGAUCCUAGUGUUCGGGUACACAAUCAAGUUUAAAAUUUACAAACGAAAUGGCAGCGCGGCAUUACUUUGCAGCGUUUGCGCUGCUUUUAGCUGUAUUUGCGCAUAAUUGCUAUGCUGAAGAGUCGACAGCUUUGGCCGCCGUUUCAGGAUCACCGUUCAAGAAUGAUCUCGCUUAUACGUUUUAUAAAGAAGGCGCAAAAAUUGGUGCUGAAGCAUUUAAUUCGUCAUACAGAGCGUACGAUAAUUCACAGUGCCUGAAGGAUAUUGAUCGCAUAUCACAAGCUCUUGAUGAGUACUACGAAUGGGCUAUUGAGUUUCCCGACACAUGGGGUCGACUGCCUGUUGGCUUGAUGUGGGGCCAUGCACUGAGCUUUGGCGCCUAUGAAGAAUGUAUUGCCGCUUCUUGGGAAUUCGGUAGAGACGAUGUAUUGCGUGGUCAAUACUGUCUCGCACGUGUACCAAUUAAAAAAUAUAUGGACGAGAUUAAGCCACGUGAAUCGACUUUGCAAGCAAGGAUCAGUUACAAAUAUAAGAGGCCCGAAGUAUUCGAACUGGGUAUUUGUAUACCAAGUUCAUGCUCCGCCGAAUUGGGUAACAAAAUAUUGACAGAAGUAAUGAAUAGACACUACGAUGCUGGUAUCUCUUCAACUAUGGUCCAUGAGAAAUACUGUAAAUAUGAGCAGCCCGUCAAACUACGUGGUAUCGACAUUUUUGCAAUUGUUUUCUUCAGCUUCAUUGUUUUCUGCAUGUUUGCCAGCAGUGUUUAUGAUUACAUUAAAACGAAAAAUAAUCAACCAAAGAAGCCACUAUUCGUUGCAUUCUCUGUACUCACUAAUGCUCCAAAGAUUUUCACUGUGAAAAAAAGCAACAAUCCUAAUGUCAUCCAAUGCCUCAACGGCUUGCGUUGUUUCUCAAUGAUGUGGGUGGUAUUUGGUCACGGUUAUAUGACUUUCUACGAGUUGCCUCAUAUUAACAGAGAUAAAUUCUAUACCUGGGUCGAAACUCCCUAUUCCAUGUUGGUGCAAAACGCUACUCUCUGUGUGGAUACAUUCUUCUUCAUGUCUGGUCUAUUGAUGUUAUGGGGUGCUUUCCGCGAAAUGGAACGCACUAAAGGAAAACUGAAUCUGGGCUUGAUGUAUUUCCAUCGGUACAUUCGUUUGACUCCAGUGGUAGCUGUUGUUAUUCUCUAUAUCAUGUCACUUUACAAAUAUUCGGGUCAUGGUCCUAUGUGGAUGAAGAUCGGUACUCAAGAUGAUCGUUGUUCGGACACAUGGUGGGCAACUCUGUUGUAUGUGCAGAAUUAUGUUUUUCCUAAGAAGAUUUGCAUCAGUCAGUCUUGGUACUUGGCUGUAGAUACACAGCUCUACGUUAUUUCACCACUCAUCCUUAUUCCACUGUGGAAAUGGGGCAAGAAGGCGCUCGCUCCAAUUAUUCUCUUUGGUGUCCUUUGCAUGGGCUGCACUUUCGCUACUUUCAUGACAUGGAAAUUCACUCUCUUCCGUGUGGACGAUGAUCAUGUUGAUGAUCGCCAACGUUUGACCUACUAUCCCACGCACACCCGUGUGCCCACUUGGUUGAUUGGUGUUAUCUUCGGCUACUUCUUGUAUAAGUAUAACCGCGGUAGACAGAUUGCAUUGGCCAAGAAAUGGGUCAUUACCGGUUGGGUGUUGGCAUUUGGUGUUAUGUUGACCGAUAUGUGGGGUCCCUAUUGGCGUAUUCUACCUGAGAAUCCAAGUGCACCCAUUAUUGAAGGUGCAUUUUACGAACCAUUAAGUCGUGCUUCUUGGGCCGUCGCUAUUGGUUGGAUUGUGUGGGCCUGCUACAACGGUCAUGGCGGUAUAAUCAACGAUUUCCUCUCUUGGGGUUUCUUCACAGGCUUCAGCCGUCUCACAUACUGCAUGUAUGUAAUCCACAGAAUUGUUCAACUCGUGAAUGGUGGUCGUAUUCAAACCGAUACACACUUUGGCGAUUACGAAAUGGUCCUUCGCUGGUGGCAUGAUUUCGGCGUCGCCCUAACACUUUCCGUAUUCGCCACAUUGGCUUUCGAGGCACCCAUUUUGGGCAUUGAGAAGGCAAUAUUUGGACGUGGUGACAGUAAACCAGCACCUAAAAAAAUAGAACCAACGUCUGCUCCUACACCCACCGUGCCUGAAGUGACUGUUGAUGUCGACAAAACUGCAAUUCCUGAAGUGACCAAAGCUUAAGAACGACCAACCAUAUUAUGGUCUCUACUCGAGUAUUCUGAUAAAUUCAGAUAGAUAUUAGUCAAAGAAACAUUAAAAUGUAAUUCAAAUGUUAUAACGAAAACGACAAAUCGUAUUAUAUACGUUUUCUAAUGUUAAACAACUUAAUAAAUUGUAUUUAGUUCAAUUAAAUCAACAUUAUGGAAUCAA